AUGAAGUGGCCUGGUCUUGUCUUGGCCGCAGCCAUCUUGCAAGCAAUGUGUUCGUCAGCAGCAGCCGUCAACGCAAGCACGUCAGAUGUUUCUCAGGCUGAUGAUCUAGCGGACUAUUCCAGAGAAGACGUCGCAUCGAAUAUCCUAUAUGCACAUAUUUCAUUUAUGGUCUUGGGUUGGGUCGGCGUUUUGCCGAUUUAUGUGAUGCUUAAUAUCGCACGGUCGAGUCUGCGGUAUCCUGUGCAUAUAACUUACUUGGGGCUCCACGGCAUUGGGAUGAUUCUUGGCCUAGCAUAUAAGUCCAGGACGCUGGAUCUCUAUCCCGGAAGUUCUCAUGGCAAACUUGGAUGGGCGUUAACCGUCUUGAUAUUGACACAUUUUAUAGUUGGGGUUUUGAGGUCCUUUACUAGGCAUGAUAGAUUUGAUAGAAGACGUGAUAUCGGCCACGAGCUUGCGCCGCUUACUACACCGGAACAUAUCGAGGCUACAAACUCGUCGUCAAGGGACACAUCUCGAGGCCUGUGGACGUCAGAUUGUUCAACGGAGGAAACGGCAUUCAUUGAACCAACGUCAUGCUCUCGGCGCUGGCCCAGUGUCUCUCAACCACGUUUUUCCAUUCGGCUUCUAGGCAUUAGUCAUGACAUUGCUGCCCGUUUCUUUCUUGUUUUUGGGUUCUCUGCUAUUUGCACUGGAAUUGUUACCAUGACAGCAAUUUUCGUACGAGAUCACAUCUUCAACGGCCUGGCACACUUCAUAAAAGGCGGCGUUUUCUUUUGGUUCGGAAUAUUGACUCUCGGUCGUUGGGCGGGCUGCUUUUCUGCUCAAGGAUGGGCAUGGAAUUUGCAGCCUCUCGGACUAAAACGCAACUCAAUCACAAUGGAAACUAUUGAGUGCUUUCUCAUCCUUAUCUAUGGAAUCACAAACGUCUUCUUGGAGCACUUGUCUGCCUGGGGACAGGCAUGGUCCCCAAUGGAUAUCGAACACGUUGCAGUUUCAUUAUUAUUUAUCGGGGGUGGGCUUUGUGGAUUGAUGGUGAAUUCGAAACCAUUUCAUGCCAUCGAUGUGCCUGAUUAUCGAGACGUGCGCCUCCAUGAUGACAGCUUGUUGGGCUCCGAAAAUAUUGGAUUUCGCGUUCCCAUAAACCCUAUACCUGCUAUGACCAUAUUUCUGCUCGGGUUCAUUCUUGCAGGACACCACCAGUCGAAUACUGAAUCUACCGUAAUGCAUAAUCAGGUUGGAGCCCACUCUUUGGGUCAGCUUUACAUAUGGCUGACACGACUAGGUCGGUCAUUUCCUUGCAGGAGCCUCCGGGACUCGCUGCAUCACUUACCUCUGGCUGUACAUAUCUCCUCCCGUGUCACCGUAUCCAUCAAGGCCACCUUCCGAACUAAUCUGUGCCUUUUGUCUGAUGUGUGGGGGGAUCUUGCUCAUGGCGAGUACGCGCAGAACAAAGAUACCGUUCAAGCGAUGACUGACCAUCAUUUCCCCGCUGUCUCCGUCGCGAUAUUAACCAUGAGUAUGACGGCCAUGAUAAUGGCAUGGUCAUUGUUUGCCCUCACCGUGAGAAGGUGGGCUGCUGCGAGGGAGAAGAGAUGGGAGAGGAAGUCAUCACAAGCCUAA